AUGGGCCCCCGGGGCUGCCCCCUUGGGGACGCGGCCCCGCUGCAACUCAAGGUCCGCGUGGGCUGGAGGGAGCUGGGCCGCGGUGUGUGCUCCGAGCGUUACUCGCGGGAAAUCUUCGAGAAGACCAGGCAGCUCCUUUUUCGUGGGGCCCAGGCCUGCAUGGACCACGCGUGGGAGGAAGGCUGCGCCAUCGUCGACGGGCCGGAGUCCCCGAAGCCCAGCCCCACGGAGGCCCCGCGGGCCACGCGUGGGCAGAUGCUGAUCGGACCUGACGGCCGGCUGACCAGGAGGCGACCCCAGGCCUGCGAGGCCGACGCGUCCAUGGCGGCGUCCAGAGCCUGCUCCUCGUGCGUGCGGGCCGCGGACGGGACGGCGGCGUGCGGCCAGUGCGAGCGCGCCCUGUGCGGGCAAUGCGUGCGCUCCUGCAGCGGCUGCGGGGCCCUGGCCUGUGCCCUGUGCGUCCUCGUGGACUGCAGUGCCGUGCACGAGAAGGCGCUCUGUGCCAGCUGCGCCAUGUUCGAAGGCUGAGGGCCGCGAGGGACGGCCGGACGAGCUCUGGCAGGGACGCGGAAGAGCCGCGGCGGGCGCCCUGUUUUACGUUUUGUACUGAUGACGGAAGUGAAUAAACCCUUUAUAUUUGGA